GAGUAGGAAUCUCUCUCCAUAAACUGCAAGUAGCCUUUAACUGGUACAAAUCCAUGACAUGAGCUCUCACAAGGCAUUGUUUUUAUAUAUACUUGUAUAACUGUAGACAGGUAAACAGAGCAGUCUGAUCCAUUCUCUUCUUCCCCCAUCCCAGGUAUAACAGGAGGGGACCAAAAAAAAUUUUUUUAACAAAAUAUCCAGCAUCGAAAUGGCCUGAAAGUUGAGUUCGACAACAAAAGCAACGUGGUUAUUUUUAGAGCGCUACAGACAUAGAAAGACAGCACCAAUCUGUGACCUAUGGCAAGGCACAUCCAAGCAUCGCAUCAUCCCACCAACAGUCUUAAUUUUAGCUAGAAGCACAUCUGGCAUAACUUCAGAGACUAUCAUUAUUUGUCUGGCUACCGACAAUAACUUUGGAUGCAUUUUGCAGCCAUAACAAGCUUCUGAAAUUGCAGUUUUUGCCUUUAAUUUAAAAACAACCAUAAAACAACCCCACACAGAGUGGAGGAAUUACUGCUGAAGGCAAUACUCUGUUCAAAAGGCAGAAGCCCCGAAUGGAUUUUGUGAGAAGAAUUUUGGAAGGAGCCACAUCCAAGUCCUCGGGCUCAGAAACAAAUCAAGCAACCUCAGAAGCUGGAAAGGAUGAAAGAGGAUGCAUGUGCCUACAAUGCUCUUCUCUCAAGUGGGUAGAGUGAGGAACACUUGUGUGUUUUCUUUACAGAUCGUGAGACAGCCUGUAAAGCAGGACAUGCUGGAAUGAACAAUCUUCACGUCGAGCAAAACUCAUCCACAGCCUCCUCCUUGGGAAAAGAUACGCCUUUCAAGAAGUACAUUGUCAAAAUGCCAUUCUUUGGCUGGAUAAAAUGGCCAAAAACUUAUUCCUAUAAAACUGGACAAUACCCUGGCUCAGACGUCGUGACAAAGACCCUCCUUAGGGAACUGAAAUGGCACUUGAAAGAACGUCAAUGCCUGAUACAGGAGAUAGAAAAUGAACAGAAAGUUCAGAAGGCCAGCAUGGAUUACAACUGGCUAAAGAGUCAGCAAAGUCCUCAGAUAACUAUCCCAACUACUGAACAAAGACAGCUUGAAGUCCUUUGCUCCCAAAUCCAACCGUGCCAAACUGGAAUCAUCCUUAGCAGAUUUCGUGAGGUUCUGGCAGAAAAUGAUGUUUUACCUUGGGAAAUUGUAUACAUAUUCAAGCAAGUUUUAAAAGAGUUCCUAACCAAUUUCAAAAAAGAAGUUCAACAGGACCAACUGGCCGACAUUUGGAAUACAAACUGCUCCGUGCACAUGGUAGCACCUGGUGACACCUCUGGCAAAACAGACAAAGAGGAGAUCCCAACUGUAUCCAGUUACGUUGACAAAAACACUCAGGGCAUGUUUCCAACUUUCUCCCACAGAAUUUGGAAUCUCCCCUAUUACUACCCAUCAAGCGAAGUUUUCCCCUCUUCCCAAUGAUGCACUUCAGUCUCAGCUUCCCUCAGUUUCCCUCCAACAAGAUUCAAUGCUCCAAAGAAAUCACCAGUACCCCAGACCCAUUGCUGCAAAUUCUGAAUUUUAAACUGAUUACAACCUACACAUUACAGUCCUUAGAAUAAUUAGA